CACUGCUCGGAGUUGUAGUUUUCUAUUUUCUCAAAGAAAAAAAUUAUAAAAAGCUACCGAAAUUGCAACAAUACUGUAUUAUCGAUUUAGUGCAAUGCGACAUGGCUUGAAAUCUGAUCAACAAGACUAACCUUACAAUAGUAAUUCCUUUUACGGAAAAUAUACAGAACCAUAAUCAAGAGCAAACAUGUCUAGCAUGUCAGAUCGUAAAGCUGAGCUGGAGCGGAAGAAGGCUAAGCUCCAAGCUCUUAGAGAAGAAAAAGAUCGCCGCAGAAGAGAGAAAGAACAAAAAGAUGCUGAAGAAGCAUCGCUACGUGCCAGUGCGGCAUCCAGCAUGGACAGUCGGAGGGAUCUGGACGAGAUGCUAUCAUCACUUGGGGUAGCCCCUGUCAAAGAUGUGCUCUCAUCUCUGUCUUCAAUGACAUCCUUGACUCCACCUCAGACAGCUUCACCAGAUGCCAGUCUACCGCACACUGAUAAGUCAAGUCUGCCUCCUCAUGGAGGCCAGAAGAAACCAGUUCAACUCCAAGUUGUCUCCGUACAAUCAACAGACAUUCCUCCCAAAGAAAAUGUCACAUAUGCAAAGCAGACGCAGACCACAGCCACAGGAGUUACUGAGCUGCGAGAUGGCUGCUCUUCCAAUGCAUCACCGCUUGCAGGAUACAUGGAGGACUGGUGGCGGCCACGUAAAGCUCACGCGACAGAUUAUUACGACGAGUACAAUCUAAACCCGGGUUUAGAGUGGGAGGACGAGUUCACAGUGCUUACAUUCGACGGGGAUGCCGCGCGGCAAGGCGACGAAGAGGAGGCGGCGUUCCACGGUAAACUGCCGCCGGGGAUCCUGCCGCACGGCCUGCCGACCGUCAAGGAGGUGCAGCCGGCCGUCACUGCCGCCCCGCAGGAGAAAAAGGAGGAGGAGAAGGAGAAGAAGAUCCGUGAGCUGAGCAACGACGAGAAGCAGACGAUAAUGCUGUCGGCGGAGUUCCAGAAGUUCAUAAGCCGCGCCGGGCGCGUCAUCGAGCGCGCGCUGGCCGAGUCCGUCGACAUCUACACAGACUACACCGGCGGCGGUGACAGCGAGAACGCGCAGGACGACAAAUCGGACGCGCGGUUAUCACUCGUGCGUACGUUCUACGACGAGCGUUGGUCACGUGCUCGCUGCGUGACGUGCCUGGACUGGUCCACCGCGCACCCUGAGCUCAUGCUGGCCGCGUACCACAAUAGCGACGACGCGCCGCACGACCCCGACGGCGUGUGUCUAGUGUGGAACACCAAGUUCAAGAAGAAUACACCUGAAGACAUAUUCCAUUGUCAGUCGCCUGUCAUGAGUGCGACUUUCGCCAGGUUUCAUCCCAACCUUAUCCUGGGAGGCACAUACUCUGGUCAAAUAGUGCUAUGGGAUAACCGUGUACAAAAGAGGACGCCUAUUCAACGGACACCACUCUCUUCUUUGGCACAUACUCACCCCGUCUACUGCCUCUCCGUGGUGGGCAGUCAGAACGCUCACAACCUGAUCUCGGUAUCAACUGACGGCCGCAUGUGCUCCUGGUCGCUCGACAUGUUGUCCCAGCCUCAAGAAACGCUCGAGCUGCAGCACCGACAGAGCAAGGCCGUGGCGGUCACCUCCAUGGGCUUCCCGCACGGUGACGUCAAUAACUUCGUGUUGGGCAGCGAGGACGGAAAUGUUUAUACAGGGUGUCGUCACGGCGCGCGCGCGGGCGUGUCGGAGUGCGUGGAGGCGCACGCGGGCGCGGUCACGUCAGUGGCAUGCCAUGCCGCGCCCGGCGCCGUCGACCUGUCUCAUCUGUAUCUGACAGCCUCUGUGGACUGGAGCGUCAAGCUGUGGAGUUUGAAGGAGAACAAGGCUCUGUACUCGUUCGAGGACAGCGGCGACUACGUGUGCGACGCUCGCUGGUCGCCCGCUCACCCCGCGCUGUUCGCCGCCGCGGACGCCGCCGGCCGCCUCGACCUGUGGAACUUGAAUAGGGACACUGAGGUGCCAGUAGCGAGCGUGCAGGCGGAGGGGGGCGUGGCCUUCAACCGCGUGUCGUGGUCGCCGUCCGGCAACCUGCUGACCGCCGGAGACGACGCCGGCAAGAUCUGGGUGUAUGAACUCGCUGAGCACGUGUCCCAACCGCGGCACGACGAAUGGAGCAAGCUGGUGUACACGCUGCAGGAGCUGAAGCACAACCAGGCGGACGAGGACACGGACCGCCUCGGCCUCGCCAGCGGACCGCCCUCGCUCACCAGCCUCGGCUCGCUCGGCGCCAACCCGCUCAGAUAACUGCUGCGCUGGGAUGUGCGUUGUGGAUGGAAAUUAUAAUCAAAUGAAGAGACUGCGCUGAUAUAAGUUUUGAUAUUUGAAGGGAACAGGCAAUGGUUUAAUCUAUGGUUUAACUAUCUUUCAAAAACAUGUAGGUAGUAUUGUAUUGUGUAUUCAUUUUGAACAACUCAAUACGCUGUUAUAAAUAAAAAAACAUAAUUAUCUACCUAUUCUCUUCCUAUAAAAAAAUGUUAAAGAUAAUAUAACAUUAGAGAAACACAAUGUUAGUUCUUUCAAAUGUUAAUAUUACAACUAUAAUAAAUAUGCUAGUAAUGAUUAUUAUUUUGCUAUACUAUACUAACACUUUGUAAGUAGGUAUAAAACACAUUAAAAUACAUGAACUAUAAUAUUAUGACUUUUUUGUGAUGUCAAAGCAGCUAUUAUAUCUUUCUAUAUUUUUUAAUUUGCUUACAUUUAAUGCAAGUAAAGAAUUAAUGUUAUUA